CGGUGCUUCUCACCAAAGCGGAAGUGGUUUCAUUUAGGUUUUGGAGCUGUGGUGAACAAGAGAAGCAUGUAAUAACUGAAAUAUAUCUGUCCUAUGCGGGCUUUUUGAGUGUAAAGCGACUUUUAGAAGUAGACAAAGAGUCCAGCAUUGCUGACGAUAUGAUUUUAUUGGGGUUCCUGUCGUUUUUCGUCUUAACUUCGACGGCCGUAGCGGCUAAGAGUGGAGGAGACGACGACUGGGUCCAUCUUCCAAACAAAUGUGAAGUGUGUAAGUUUGUCUCCAUCGAGAUGAAGUCGGCCUUCGAUGAGACAGGGAAAACCAAGGAGGUCAUCGACAGGAACUACCGCUUCAUAGACAGCAAAGGGGCGCCGCCGAUCAAAUACAACAAGUCAGACCUCCGAUUCAUCGACGUCAUAGAAAAUGUGUGUCAGAGGCUGCUGGAGUACAAUCUGCACAAGGAGAGAAGUGGGAGUAACCGCUUUGCCAAGGGCAUGUCGGAGACCUUCUCCACCCUUCACGGUCUGGUGAGUAAAGGUGUGAACGUGGUGAUGGAUAUUCCCUACGAGCUCUGGAACGAGACCUCAGCAGAAGUGGCCGACCUUAAAAAACAGUGUGAUGUGUUGGUCGAGCAGUAUGAGGACGUGAUUGAGGACUGGUACAAAGGCAGCCAGGAGGAAGAUCUGACCACAUACCUGUGUGAGAAACACGUUCUGAAAGGACAGGAUACAGCCUGCCUGAACGAGGACUUUGCUCCAAAGAGGAGGGGAGACCAGGCAGCCAUUGCGGAGGACAAGAAGAAGAUGAAGAAGAAGAAGAAGGGAGGGAAGAAGGGAAAGGGCAAGAGUGAGGAGGGAGAAGAGGGAGGAGACGGCAGUUCAGAGGGGGAGAAGACGACCAAGAAGAAGAAGAAAAUGAAGAGGAAGAAAAAGAGCAAAGCUCCGGUGGAGAAGGUGGACGGAGGGGCGACGUCGGACGAGGAGAUCCAACCUCGGGUGCCUCUGCCCGGCGGGAAGACGGAGCUGUGAGCCCGCAGCGGCUUUAGACGCUGCGAGGUUCGAGUCGGCGGAUUCGCUCGGUCACAGCUUGUACUGUUACACGCCGUUUUUCACGUCUCGGCCUGAAACAUGUUGCGGUUUGUCGCAGGUGUUUAAUUUUUCAAAUGUAUUUGAUGCAUUUUGAUAGAAGGUGCCCUUAAUGGUUUUAUCUUGACCUAAGAAUUCAUUUUAUUCCAACAAGGUGGUGUUUUUAUACUUCCAGAGAAAUGCCUCUGAUGCACAGUAGUACACAUUACGCAGUACUCCUGUGUUUUUAAAACGCGUUGGAGCCUGAUCGGUUCGCAUUCAGAACUGAGAGGUCAGGUGUCAGAACAUCCUGCUUUAAUUUGGUUGUGAUUAUGAAACAGAAGUAUUGAAACGGUUUGUGGAUCAUUCGAUCAGUGAAUCGAUCAGUGAUCAGCUCUGGCUGGUGGAUUGGUGGUUUGGGACAUUAGUUAAGCAAAAACAAUUUGCUGUAUUUCACCUGGAGUUUGUGAUGUACAUUUACUGUGACAGAAACAUGUCCUCGCCCUGAGCUCCGGGCGGCCGUGGUGGGCCGUGGUGGGACUUGUUCCCCGUUUGCUGACACUUAAUCAACGAAACAGUCAAAUAAUGGAAAAACCACCGAUCCAUCAUCAAACCUGAGAAACGCCACUCGCUCGCUCUUUCUGUGUUUGCUGAAUGUGGAUUUGUAGCUUUCACUCUGUCUCCACAUAAUGUGAAUUAUUCAGUAUUCGUUUGUUUGCUUUUCUGCUGUUUUUACUGAAAUGUUUUCACCAUCUGAAAGCUGGGACCUUUUUAAGAAUUUGUUUUGAGUUUAUUUAUGUUUUUGUGACCUCUGGAAAUGCUCUGAAGGUUUUGAUUCUGCCUGUAUAUAAAACAAACUUGAUCCUAACGGUUUUACCUUUUCAUAACCUUGUAAUCUGAAGUGUUUUACAUCACAGGAGGAAACAGAUCAGUCACAGUCAAGUCUCAGAUUUAGUGAAAUUCUCCUUUAAUGAGUAAAUACAACAAGGGUUUUUUUAAAUGUCAGUGAUUUGUGUUUCAGCAAUUGAUUUUUAUAAUUUUUCAUCUAUUUUGUGUGUGUGCUGUACAAAAGCUGCUAUUUAAGGUGUGCGUGUUUGCGUGUGCUUGUUGACCUCUGAGCAGACAGUGAAGGUUUGCGUGUGUACUUUUGUUUUUGUUUCUUUUUACUGAUUUUUACUCUGCAGUGAAAUGCUGGCUGUGUUGUGUUGGAGUUGCUUUUUGAAACCACGAGCAGACGCACCAGUGGAUCAAUAAAUGCAGGUUUAAACGUA